UAACUGUGUUGUGAUAUUCUCCAAAAUCACAUGCCCAUACUGUAAGAUGGCGAAGAAUGUCUUUAAUGAGAUCGGAGCUGCACAUAAAGUUGUUGAACUGGAUGAUAGUAGACGUCUCCAUGAGACCUUAGCGCAAAUGACAGGUGCCAGAACAGUGCCAAGAGUCUUUAUUAAUGGGCAGUGCAUUGGAGGAGGCACAGAUACAAAACAGCUCCACCAGCAAGGGAAACUUCUGCCUCUUAUUGAACAGUAUAGGCCGUGCUGUUUGAGUACCAGCCUUGAGGGCUCAGGCAGUGCUCAAUAAUCAGUCAUAAUGUUUUGUAAUAUGUGUUUAUACACAUUGGUCACCCUUGAACAGCCCAAACAGAGAUUAAGUAUUUGUAUUUUAAUAUGUAUGCUGCUGUCGAGAAAAAAAUAACUGCCUGAUUUAUUGACUUUGUUAUAUGUAUUGUUAUUUUGGUGCACUGUAUGUAAAAUAUAAUACCAGAUAGUAUUACACCAAGCAUUUUAGAUGAUUUUUUUGACCUGAGUUACAACACCUCGAUAUUCCUUUAUGUACAUAACUAUUAAAAA